CCCCCCGCCCCGCUGCCGCUGCCGGUGGCGGAUGGGGCCGCGGCGGCGCUGAGCCCCGGGCGAUGGCGGCGCCCCCGGGGAGGCGGGAGCGGCUGCGGGCGCUGGCGCUGGGGCGGGGGGCGCUGGGGCUGGAGGGGCUGCUGGACCUGCUGGUGGGGCUGGCGGGGGGGCUGAGGCACCGGCUGAGGCGACGGGACCCCCCCGCCGACAGCGACACCGACAGCGACAGCGAGAGACACGUCCGGGACUUUCUGAGCUGGGCGGAGCCGGUGGUCGCCCGGGUGCAGGAGCUGCAGCUGCAGCGAAGCGACUUCGAGAUCCUGAAAGUGAUCGGCCGCGGGGCCUUCAGCGAGGUGGCGGUGGUGCGGAUGAAGGAGUCGGGGCAGAUCUACGCCAUGAAGAUCAUGAACAAGUGGGACAUGCUGCGGCGCGGGGAGGUGUCCUGUUUCCGGGAGGAGCGGGAGGUGCUGGCACGGGGGGACCAGCGCUGGAUCACCCGCCUCCACUUCGCUUUCCAGGACCCCCAGUGCCUGUACCUGGUCAUGGAGUACUACGUGGGGGGGGACCUCCUGACCCUGCUCAGCAAAUUUGGGGACCGGCUGCCCCUCGCCAUGGCCCGCUUCUACCUGGCCGAGCUGGUGAUGGCCAUCGACUCCGUCCACCGCCUGGGCUACGUCCACCGGGACAUCAAACCUGACAACAUCCUCCUGGACCGCUGGGGCCACGUCCGCCUCGGGGACUUCGGCUCCUGCCUCAAGCUGGGGCCUGAUGGCACCGUGCGCUCCUCGGUGGCGGUGGGGACGCCGGAUUACCUGUCCCCCGAGAUCCUGCUGGCGGUGGAGGACCCCGGCCGCUCCUACGGCCCCGAGUGCGACUGGUGGGCGCUGGGGGUCCUGGCCUACGAGAUGUUCUUCGGCCACACGCCCUUCUUCGCCGAGUCCGUCCUGGAGACCUACGCCAAGAUCCUCCACUUCCAGGACCACCUGCACUUACCGGAUGACCCGGACCCGCCGGCGGGAGGGGGCGAGGCCUCCGGCGGGGGCGUGGCCGGCGCGGCGGGGGCGUGGCCGCGGGUGCCGGCGCCGGCGCGCGCGCUGGUGCGCGGGCUGCUGUGCGCGCGGGAGGAGCGGCUGGGGCGGGGCGGCGCGCGCGACUUCCGGCGGCUGCCGCUCUUCGCGGGGCUGCGCUGGGCCGCGCUCCGCCGCUCCGCCCCGCCCUUCGCCCCCGCCGCCGCCGGCGCCGCCGACACCUCCAACUUCGACGUGCUGGACGACUGCCUCAGCCAGCCGGAGCCCCUGGGGGAGCCGUGGGACCCCCCCGAGCUGGGGCUGCACCUCCCCUUCGUGGGGUACUCGUACGCCCGCGGAGACUCCGAGGAGGAGGAGGAGGAGGAGGAAGAUGAGGAAGAUGAGGAUGAGGAGUGGGACCAGGACCUGGCCAUGGAACUGGAGGGGGACUGGGGGACCCCCCCGGAGACGGGGAGCCCCCCAGGCGUGGGGACCCCCCCGGCCAUAGGGACCCCCCCCAGCCAUAGGGACCCCCCCGAGCAGGGGGACACCUCCGCCUCUCCCCAGCCCCCCCCCAACAUCAGGGCCCCCCCCAGUUAUGGAGGUCCCUCCAUCCCAGGGCCCCCCCCCCCCAAAAAGGGGCCUCCCCACCCGUGGGUACCCCUGAACCCGAGGCCCCCCCCCCCGCAAAAAGGGGCCUCCCCACCCGUGGGUGCCCCCGAAGCCGAUGGGACCCCCCCACAAAAAGGGGCUUCCCCAUCCGUGGGUGCCCCCGAAGCCGAGGGCCCCCCCCCCCCAAAAAGGGGCCUCCCCACCCGUGGGUGCCCCUGAACCCGAGGGGGCCCCCCCACAAAAAGAGGUCUCCCCCCCCGUGGGUGCCCCCGAAGCCGAGGGGACCCCCAAACCCAUGGGAACCUCCCCCCAAAAAGGGCCCCCCCCGUCUUCAGGGGCACCCUCGCCCAUGGGAGCACCCCCCCAAAAAGGGCCCCCCUCCCCCAAGGGGGGCCCCCCACCCACGGGGGCUCCGCCCCCAAAAUCCCCUCCCCCACACAAGGCCCCCCCCCCAACCUACGGGGACCCCCCCACCCAUGGGAGCAUCCCCACAAAAAGGGGCACCUCCAUCCCCAGGGACCCCCCUGCAAAAAGGGACCCCCCCAAAAGGGCAUCCCUCACCCCCGGCCCCCCCCACAUCCAAGGGGUCCUCCACAUCCCAGGGGCCUCCCGCCCCCAAGGGCCCCCCCACAUCCCAGGGCCCCCCCACAUCCCAGGGGCUCCCUGCCCCUAAGGGCCCCCCCACAUCCCAGGGCCCCCCCACAUCCCAGGGGCUCUCUGCCCCUAAAGGCCCCCCCACAUCCCAGGGGCCUCCUGCCCCCAAGAGCCCCCCCACAUCCCAGGGCCCCCCCACAUCCCAGGGGCUCCCUGCCCCUAAGGGCCCCCCCACAUCCCAGGGGUCCCCCGCCCCCAAGGGCCCCUCCACAACCCAGGGCCCCCCUACAUCCCAGGGGCCCCCCGCCCCCAAGGGCCCCCCCACAUCCAAGGGGUCCCCCGCCCCCAAGGGCCCCCCCACAUCCCAGGGGCCCCCCACAUCCAAGGGGUCCUCCACAUCCCAGGGCCCCCCCCGCCCCCAAGGGCCUCCCCACAUCCCAGGGCCCCCCCACAUCCCAGGGGCUCCCUGCCCCUAAGGGACCCCCUACAUCGCAGGGCCCCCCCACAUCCCAGGGGACCCCUGCCCCCAAGGGACCCCCCACAUCCCAAGGGUCCUCCACCUCCCAGGGGCCCCCCACAUCGCAGGGGUCCCCCGCCCCCAAGGGCCCCCCCACAUCGCAGGGCCCCCCCACAUCGAAAGCCCCCCCCCCAUCCCAGGGGCUCCCCGCCCCCAAGGGCCCCCCCACAUCCCAGGGCCCCCCCACAUGCCAGGGCGCCCCCACGCCCAAGGACCCCCCCACGUCCCAGGGCGCCCCUGCCCCCAAGGGCCCCCCCCCAGCUGCGGGGGCUCCCCCGCCGACGCCGCCCCCCGGCUGUGCAGCCCCCACGGGCGCGGAGCCCACCCGGGCACCCCCCGAGGAGCCGGCGCGACCGGCGGCGGGGCCGGGGCCGGGGGGGCCGGUGCCGGAGCUGCGGGCGGCGCUGGCGGCGGAGCGCAGCGGGCGGGCGGCGCUGGAGCGGGAGCUGGGGCUGCUGCGGGCGGCCGGGCAGGGGCUGGCCCGGCGCCUGCAGGAGGCCGAGAGCCGCAACCUGGAACUGAAACGAAGCUGCGGCGGCUGCAGAGCCCCGCCCCGGGGCUGGCCCCCCCCCCGCACGAAGGAGGCGCGGGGCAGCCCCCCGCCAUCACGGCCCCCCCCGCGGAGCCCCCGACGGACCCCGGCAGCGGGGGCCCCCCCCGGCUUUUCCGCUCCCCCCUGGGGGUGCCCCUGUCCCGGCACCUGCUGCUCUGGCCC